AUGACGUUCAAGCAGCUUGUUCGGUUUGAGGAGGGCGGGCAAGUCCACCAUGGCGAACUAAGGGAGGUUGACGCUGCUAAAGGGUACACAAUCGAAGUCCUCGCUGGCAACCCUUUUCACGGGCUGAGCCCAACUGGCAAAGUUGUGACGGUGCCAAAGCUUCUCUGUCCACUGGAACGCACCCCGAUCAUUCUUUGCGUGGGCCUGAACUACAAGAAGCAUGCCGCCGAAGCCAAAUUGGAAGUACCGACGUAUCCUGUGUUGUUUAUGAAGCCGAGCGACGCGCUGGCGGGUCCGUCUGAUCCGAUUCGUGUGCAUCCCGACGCGCAGAUUCAACUCGACUACGAGGGAGAGCUCUGCGUUAUCAUUGGACGCGACGCGAAGAACCUCACAGAAGCUGAGGCGUUAGACUACGUGCUGGGCUACGCAAUAGGCAACGACGUGUCGGCUCGGAACUACCAGGCUCCCUCCGCUUCUGGCGGACAGUACUGCUACGCGAAGUCCUUUGACGGGUUCGCGCCUAUCGGGCCUGCCAUCUGGUCUCCUGCCGUUGUCCCUGAUCCGCAGGCUCUGUACUACCGAACCAAAGUGAACGGAGAGGUGGUGCAGGAGACUUCCACGGCGGACAUGAUCUGGUCUGUGCGGCAGCUCCUUGCCCAUUUCUCCCGUGGGACCACACUUCGUCGCGGGACUGUUAUCAUGACAGGGACGCCGUCUGGAGUAGGAUUCUUCCGUAACUCGUUCCUCAAGGACGGCGAUGUCGUGGAGGUUGAGGUGGAAGGUCUCGGAAGGGUUUCAAAUUGCAUACAGUUUAGCUAA